AUGGAUCGCGUCAUCGGGGCCAUCUGCUCGGCCAACAUCGCCAGCUUCCUGGACGCCUCGGCUCGGGAGCCCUUCCGCCCGGCGGCCCUGGACAACCUGGCCGGCGUGCCGGUGGACCUGUUGGAGGCGGCCGGCGUCGAUGCCGGAGCCUUCCGCCAGGCCCUCGGCCCCGGGCCCGGGGUCCUGCUGCUGCUGGGCGGCUGGCUGGGCGGCUGGCUGCGCGCGGCGCUGGCUGUGCCGCACUUUGUCUGGCUCUUUGUUCGGUCCGUCUUCGCCAGCCUGCUGGCCACCGUGCUGGAGGGGUUGUCGCCGGUGCCGAUUGCGCCGGCCACCAUGGCCGGCCCGGCACGCGGAGUCCUGCAAAAAGCGGCAUCGGUCCUGCGGGCGGCCACCGCCGGUGCCAUGGUCUAUCCUCCGGCGCCGCUUCCGCCGCUGGCCUCCUGGGGCGUGUGCUCCCCCUCGCUCAAUGUCACCCAGGCCCUGGCACAGCUGUUCGCGCCGAUGACCUUCCCGCCGACGGUCGGCGCGGCGGCGGCCCUGGCCCACUCGACCGGGGCCCUGGCCGGGGCCACGGCCGCCUCGGUGGCCGGGACCCCCGGCCCGGGGGUGCUGGCCUUCUCGGCGGCGCGGUCCUCGGCCGCGGCCCUGCUCCCCGGGGCCGCGGCCAGUGCCAGCCCGCUGGCUGCUCGGGUGACCAUGUCCGAGUGGCUGGACGGCCUGGCCGCCUCGUCGCAAACCCAAAAGAGCUUCCUCGUGCUGACCUUCGUCACGGUGUCCCUGGUGCUGGCGCAAUUUGCCGCGCGCUUCCUGGUGCACUUUUUCUACAUCAACCUGCCGGAGGUGUCAGCCGAGUUGCGCCUGCUUGGGCCCCGGGCGCGUGCCAUGGCCGUUGCCCCGCGCGCCGAGCCGCUGCCCGUCCGGCUGUACUUGAACUCCGAUGUCGGGGCCGCGGCCGACCCGGAGGUGGCCGAUGCGCCGGUGUCCACGCCGGCUGUCGGCGGAGGGGCCACCUCCCCUGGGGCCGGGGCCCAUGCCGAGGCCCAGGGGUCCGGCGUGCCGGCCGCCAGCCCCACGGCCGGGCUCCUCCGCCGGAUUGGCCACUACCUGGCCAACACCCAGCUGACCGUGCAGCUGAACAUCGCCCAGACGACCCUGCUGCCGAAUUCCCUCGGCGGCCAUCGGCUCCGGACGGCCGAAUUCCUGACCCUCUCCAGCCUCAUCGUGGAAAUCAGCACCACCAAGGCCCUGUUUGCCAUUGCCGCCAUCAACCAUGACAGCAGCCACAGCGCGGCCGGGCCCUUUGGCGAGCUGCUGGUCUGGUGGGUGUGGGUUACCAGCAUCGCCAUUUGGCGCAUCGUCCUGGCGGCCGGGCGUCAUCGGAUCCAAAUUUGCUCGGUCCUCCGGAAUGGGGCCCUGCACCGGGCCUUCCGCACCAAUGUCGGCACCACGGCCCGCUCGGUGGCCCACAUCUUCAGCCCGGAGUCCUUCCGCGUGCAGACCCACGAGAUUGUGGAGUUCUUCCCGCCGGCCAAUGGCCCCGGCAUCGGGGCCCCGACCGACCUGGCCCUGGGCACCGCCCCGGACGAGCCGACCGCCGUGGCCAUCAUCCGCAAUUAUGAGCAUGUCAUGCGCCAGGUGGCCAGCCAGCGCCGGUACACCGGGCUCUUGUGCGUGUGUGCCUUGCUCUUCGCCGGCAAGGCCAUGCACGCGGCCCUCGGCCUCGUCAGCAUUGCCCCGGCCAACUAUGGCUUCACCUUCGGGUCGCUGUUUCUUGUGCUAUAUGAGCCGAUCAUGCUGGCCCUGGAGGCGGUGUACAUCGGCACGCUGCUGCUGAUGACCCCGCUCGGGUCGCUGAAUCGCCCUGGCCAGCCGACCGCCGGGGCCCUGCUCCAGGAGGCGGCCGUGGCUGCUGCCGCUGCUGCUCCUGGUGCCACUCCGGAGGCCAUCGCCACGGCGGCGGCCGCGGCGAUGACGGCCGCGGGCACUUCCUCCCCCGCCGGCCCGACUGGCACGCCGCUCACCGGGCCGGAGGCCGAUGAGGAGACCCUCGGCCGGCUGCUGGCGGACAUGGUGUAUGUCCUGACCGGGCAUAGCCCGAAUGUGGGCGGCGGCUCGGCCACCGGGGCCGAAGCCUUCCCGCCCACGGGGCCGGCCCUCCGCGUGCGACAGUUGGCCGCCUUCUUCUCCGGGCAGCCAUCGGUCCUGACGGCCUGGAUUCACAGCCUCAUGGACGCCUCGACCCUGACCCUGAUUGUCUUCCACAAUGUGCUGACCAUCCUCCAUCACCGGUCGUUCUUCUCGCUGGUUGACAUGGUGCUGGUGCUGCAAACGCGCGAGGCCUUGCGCGUGCUCCUGCGCCGGGGCAAGCGCGCCCUGCGCACCCUGGUCCUCAACCAAAAGGUCCAUGCGGGGCUGAUCAAUGCCUCGCCGGCCGAGCUGGCCGCCUUCGAGGACCCGUGUGCCAUUUGCCGCGAGGAGCUGCUCAUCCAGGAGGAGGUCCCAGCCAGUGGACCAGGGGCCGGGGCCGGCGCCAGCACCCACGACCUCCCCACGGCCGGCAUCCCAACCGGCGGUUCUGGCGCCGAGGAUGACCCGGAAAAGCAUCCGGAUUUCUACAUCCCCAAGCGCCUUCUGUGUGGGCACAUUUACCAUUAUGGCUGCCUGCGGACGUGGCUCUUCCUGCAUUUCAACUGCCCCACCUGUCGGCAGGGGCUCUUCUCCGGGACCCCCGGCGGGGGGCCCAGCGCCGCCGGGUCCAAUGGGCCGGGUGCCGGCGGGGCCCUGGGCCCGGGGAAUCCCCUGGGCCGGGCCCCCUACUGGACGUGGGCCGUGGCUUCGGCGGCCAUGGGGGCCUUGGUGGCCCUGCUGCGCGGGGCCAUCUGGCUGAUCUUCGUGGCGCCGGUCCUCUGGCUGGAGGGUGUCCAGGCCCGGGUGUCGAAUGUGCUGGAGGCGCGUCGGCGUCGGGCCCGGCGCCGGCACUGGCGCCUUGCCGGGCUCGGGUGGGCCGACCCGCCGAAGUUCAUGCCGACCAUCCUGUCGGACCUGACCCGGCGCUUCCGGCAGCAUGCGCCGCCGGUGUCCUUCGACUCGGCGGCGCCGCUCGGUGCGGCGGCCAGCGCGGCGGCGGCGGCCGCCGCCGCCGCCACCCCUGGCCGCCUGGUCAGGCUGCUGACGUCCUGGCGCCCGGGGCGGCCAACGCGCGGGGCCGGGGCCCUCGCCGCCGGCACCGCCGCCGGGCCCAGUCCACCGGUCGCCGGCACCGACCUCGAGCCCCGGUCGACCGCCCUCGUGCCGGCUGGCGACAUGUCGGUGGCGGCGCUGACCGCGGCCACAACCCCCCCGGUUGCCAGCCCGCCGGCCACGCCGGGCCAGCCCGACCCCCACUUCCUCCCCCUGACGCCGCCCUUCUUCCGGAUGUCCCCCUUCGACAGCCUGCAGGCGCGCAUGCAGGGGCUCUUUGCCGGGUCUCCGACCGGCCGCGGGCCCAAUCCCACGGCCGGCGACGAGCUGGACGACCUGGACGAGCGCAUGGCCCAGGGCCGGGCCGGCGGGGGGGGGGCCUUCGCCGAGCCGGGCCCUUCGCUGGCCGGGGCCCCGGGCCCCGGCGUGCCGGCCAGCCCCGGCACCACGGUCACCACGUCGGAUGUCUUCGCCCAGGACCGGAUGUCGGUGCGGACGUUCCGCAACUUGCGCCCCUACCGGAUGGACGCGCGCGAGUCCACCAACGCCUAUGUGGAUCUGCUUGGGGGCGGGCCGCGUCUUGGCAGCAUCAAUGGCGCCGGGCACCCGCGGUCGCCGAGCCUGCCGCCGCAGCAUGGCGCCGGGCUGCCCUCCGCACGGGCGGCCCUGGCUCCGGCGGCCGGGGUCUUCCGCGGCGCCCAGUCGCCGCCCUUUGCCCCCUCGCGGCUGUCCCUCGGCUCGGUGGGCGGCCCCUCGCGCGUGCCCUUCCCGGCCAUCGAGGACAUGGACAACUUUGCGUACGAGCCCGAGGAGGAGGGCGAGGAGGAGCGCACCGUCCUCCACCUGCCGGAUGGCACCCAUGCUGCUGGGUGCGCACCGGCGACCACGGCCGCCGCGACCGCCCCGGAGGAGGAGCUCCUCCGCCGGCAGCUGGCUCUGGCCGAGGCGCUGCCCGAUGCCGUGGUCCCGCUGGCCGCGCGGCAGUCCCAGCCGCCUCGGCCGGCGGCCCUCGCCCUGCCCGGCUCGCCCCAGCCCACCAGGACCUCGGCUCGGAGCCCGGCCCCAGCGCGGCUGCACUUCCCCCCCUCGACGCGCCUGUACACGGCCCCGCGGUCGCCGAUCACCCGGACCCCGGCCCACCCGCUGCCGACUCCCGUUGCGGCGGCCGUCGUGGCCAAGGCGGCAAUGGUGGCCGCCCCGGCGGCGGCGACAGCAGCGGCGGCGGCCCCCAGCCCGACCGGCCCCGGCAGUGGUGCUCCCCCGGGCAAGCCAUCGGUGGAUGCCGCGGCCGGGUCUCGCGAGGCCGCCCUGGCUGUGGCCGAGGCCACCGGUCCUCCAGCUCGGCCCCGGCGCCACUUGCCCGGCAGUGCCACGGUCCGCCACGCCAGCAGCCUGCUGGCCUCCGGUCGGGCGGUUUCCGGCGUGUCGGUCUCGGCCGGCAAGAGUGCCUCCCCCCCAUCCCCCUCGCUCUCGACGGCCUCGACACUGGCCGACGCUGGAUCCCCAUCGACGACGGCCGGCGCCUCGCCCGAGGAGUCCCCCUCGUCGGAGACUCUAACCUCGGCCAAGGGCCCCGUCUCGGUGCUGCUGGUGGACUCGGUGGCCUCCACCUCCACCUCCACCUCGACCUCGACCUCGACCUCGACCUCGACCUCGACCUCGACCUCGACUUCGGUUGUGACGACGGCCACCUCGAUGGCGGUCAUCACCAGUGCCGGCGCCGCCGUUGCCUCGAUUUCUUCCUCCUCCUCCUCCAGCCCGGCCUCCUCCUCCUCCUCUUCCUCCUCCUCCGACUUGACUCCCCGGCAGAAGGCCUUCAAUGCCGCCACCCGGCGCCAGACUCGCCAGGCGCGCCAGGCCCGGCACUUGCAGGAGACCACCUCUGUGACGGCCUCUGGCCGGACACUGGGCGAGGAGGACCCGCCCCCCGGCAGCCGCACCCAGCAAGACGCUGCCCCCGCUCCAGCCCGCGAGCAGUCUCGUAAGCGGCGCCUUGUGUCGACGCCCGGCUCGUCCUCGCCGGCGGGCCGGGGACCGGGCACCGGUGGCACCCGUCGUCCGCGUACCUGA